GGUCUCCUGCAGCUGGGAGCCGCCCUGCCCAGGACUAGGGGCAGUUGGCCAGGGGUGGAAGUAGGGGGUUCCCGCAGGGUGUGACGAGGUUGACCCGCCCUAUGUGUCCCAUAUACUUGCUGCCUAGCAGCCAAGCUGGAGUGCAUGGGGCACUCUUAGGCGAGAAAGGACCCGACCGGGAUCAGGUAUACGCUGUGCUCUGCCCCAGAGGACCAUGAGGGCGCCAGAGAUUCCGGAUCAGUUGUGGUUGCCCCCACUGUGGGCACUGCCAACUCUGCUACUGGCAAUGGCCGUGCAAGGGGCAGCAGAUGCACCCACGUACCUGUGGCAGGACAUGGCGACGCGGGAGUGGCUGAACUGCGCCCAGUGCCCCCCAGGCACUUUUGUGCAGCAGCCGUGCAGCCGGGACCAACCCACAACGUGUGGUACCUGCCCGCUGCGCCACUACACGCAAUUCUGGAACUACCUAGAGCGCUGCCGCUACUGCAAUGUCAUCUGCGGGGAGCACGAGGAAGAGGCGCGGCCUUGCAGCGUCACCCACAACCGCGUCUGCCGCUGCCGCCCGGGCUUCUACGCACACGCUGGCUUCUGCCUGGAGCACGCGCAGUGUCCGCCGGGCGCCGGAGUGACCGCCCCUGGAACCCCCAGCCAGAACACGCAGUGCCAGCCGUGUCCCACAGGUACUUUCUCAGCCAGCAGUUCGAGCUCAGAUCGGUGCCGCCCCCACCGCAACUGCACGGCCCUGGGCCUAGCCCUCAACGUGCCGGGCUCCUCCUCCCGGGACGCCCUGUGCACCAGCUGCACCGGCUUCCCGCUCGGCCCCGCCGCGCCAGGGACCGAGGAGUGCGAGCGAGCCCUCAUAGACUUCGUGACUUUUCAGGACCUCUCCUUCAAAAGGCUGCAGCGGUUGCAGCAGGCCCUAGGGGUACCGGGGGACAGGAGUCUGUCGCCAUCCAAAGAGGGCCGCGUGGCCUUGCAGGCUGGGCUGCGGAGGCGGCUCUCGGAGCUCCGUGAGGCGCGCGCCACGCCCCUGCUCAAGCAGCUCCUGGCGGCUCUGCGUGAGGCCGGGCUGUCGGGGCUGCAGCGCAGUGUCCUCGCACGCUUUCUCCCAGCCAGCUGAGUAGCUGCAGCCUAUUUAUCCCGUACUGCGCGCGCCCCACCCAGCCCUGCGCCAGCAUGGCCGUCAAACGCACCAGAGAGACUUGGCAAAGUUUAUUUCAUAAAGACUUUCUUAGACCUGC